GCACCGCAACGAUGACGACGCGCGACAGUCAGACCACUGCCAAAGUCACAACGACCGCCGCGACGAGCAUGACUUGUGACGAACACGAAUACGACGAGUAUUGUCCGGAGCAAUACGAUGCGCAUCAUCACCACCAUCACGGCUCUACACAGACACAGACGCAAACGCAGUGUGAGCGUGACCGAGAACGUGAACGCGAUCGGGAGCGCGAACGCGAACGCGAGCGCGAACGUGAUGCGCAUCAUCGCCACAGCUCAUCACGCGCUGGAGCUGCCGCGUCCGCACUGAAACACCAACGUGCCGCCACCUUCGAUGUGGCCGAUGCGCGCGACUACGAACUGCAACGACUGGGCAAUCGACGCUCACAACAGCAACAACAGCUGCAGCAGCAGCUGCAGCAGGCAACCGGCGGUGGUGGCAGCAGCAGCAAAUACCGUGGCGGUGAACAUCGCGGUGAGCGUACGCACGACCGUGAACGCUCACGUAGCGAUCACCGCAUUGCCACCUACGCCUGCGACGAUACAGCGCUUUGCGGCAGCAGCAUUGGCGGUCAUCAAAAUCAUCUGGCCAAUGGUGGCGUCACACAGUCGAGCAGGCAGCAGCGGCGCGAAAAAACGUUCAAAGUAUGAUUUUUAGAGACGUCAUAAAAAUUUUCCCCUCCCUCUACGGAGACGUACGGUAAACAUGCGACAGCAGCGGCGGCUUACAGUUGGUAAAUUGUUGCGGCAAUGAAUCAGCGUGGCAGUCCGGCGGCCAAUCGACGGCAGAGUUGAGCAACCGCAAUGUGGGCGUGUACUUGUGCGUUAAGUGGAGGGCAGUGUGGCAGCAGCGCGGCGGAUUUAUAAUAAUAAUUGUGUGCAACACAGCACAAAUUUCCAACACCAAAACAAACAACCAAAAGAAAAAACAAGAAAAUCAUCACACCGCUUCAGGCGCGUGAGUUAGUUGUUGUGUUGCCUCUUUUAGUAAACGAUUAGCGACAAAUCGGCAUCUACCAAAUCCUUGAACCCUUGAAAAUAAGUCUACGAGUAUAUGUAUUAUAAUGCUGUAACUAGUUUCAUCACUAGCGUUGUUGUUGUGUAGUUUAGCUUAGUUUGUUUUCAUAUUGUAAUUGCAGUAUGUUUGUAUGUGUAUGUGCUUAUUCAAGAAGUUGUUAAUGAUCAGAAAUGCGCACAAAUUUUGUGCAAAAUAGUUUUAGAAAGAAGAAAAAAAAAACAACAACAAACCAAAGCAGCCGUAGUGCGUCAUUCAAAAUUAUUUGCUGGCGUAAGCGUGUGUUGCAAAUUUAGGUACUUGACAAAAUAAAUAUAAAAAUAGAUUCCUUACUUUUUUAAUUAUUAAUAAUUUAUUAAUUUACUAACAAAAAAAUUAUCUGCUUGUUUAUAAAAAUGUUAUUUUAAGAUUUUUUAGCAAAUAUUUUCGUGGUUCCUAACAUCGAAAUCGAAAUAGUUUUAUUAUUUUUAGCAUUUAAAUAUGCGGUUAUAUUAAAUAUUUUAAACAAAUCCAGCAAGGCACAACAGAAAAAAAAUAUUUUUGACUCAAAGCGUUACCAGAAAGCGGUGAAGACAGGGCAUUGUUUUUGAAAACAUGUUACAUGUUUUACGCAAUUUUUUACAUUUUCUAUGCUAUUUUUUAGUUCAAAAACGAUAUUAUUUCUC